ACCGGUGGGGACGGGGCGGGGCGCAGCUUUGCGGAGCCCUAGCGCAGCGCUGGGGAGGGGGCGACCGAAAGGGGGGCGGUGGUCGGGCCGCGCAGGCGGAGAUGGAAUGGGGCCCGGGCUCAGACUGGUCACGGGGGGAGGCUGCCGGCGUGGACCGUGGGAAGGCGGGGCUGGGGCUCGGCGGGAGGCCACCCCCGCAGCCACCCCGGGAUGAGCGCGCCCAGCAGCUGCUGGACGCGGUGGAGCAGCGGCAGCGGCAGCUCCUGGACACCAUCGCCUCCUGCGAGGAGAUGCUGCGGCAGCUGGGCCGCCGGCGCCCGGAGCCGGCUGGUGGCGGGAACGUCUCAGCCAAACCCGGAGCACCUCCCCAAACAGCUGUCUCCGCCAGAGGUGGCUUUCCAAAGGAUGCUGGCGAUGGAGCUGCGGAGCCCUGACCAUCCCUGAUGGGCGCCCUGACUUCUCUCCCUCCCGGGGCUGGUGGCUGGACUCGAACAACUCCCUUCAAUAAAGGGGCCAGUCUUCACUGGCAGUGGCUGGUACUUGGCUCUCAGCCUGGGGUGGCAGCUCUGCUAGCAGCUGGGUUCACUCCCACUUCAUCCUGGCUGAAGGCAGUGCUGAGCUUUGAAAUGUAGCCAACGAAUACCCAUUCUGAUUACCGGAUUUGGGCAGACCAGCAGUGCUCUCCAGAGUGGUCUGGCCUGCUUUGGGGGAUCCAGGUGGUGUUACAUGUCCAUUUCAUGCUUUGGGGGCUCCUAGCCCCACAAAACACUUUUAGCAGAGCCUUGAUUAAAAGGAAUCCUGCAGACUCUCCUGGUGACCGACCUUUCCUUUCUGUCCCCUGAGACUCAACUGGGGAGGGGAGUUGGGCUAAGUAGUGGAAAAUUGUCAACCAUGGGUAGGUUUGGAAAGAAAUGCCACAGAUACUACCAGAUUUAAAUAAGCAUUUAAUUAGGAUUUCAUUAGUAUUUAAUAUUGCUUUUUCAAUUCCAAAAAGUUAAAUUUUCACUUAACAGAUAUUUUAAAGUACAAUAUUAAGUUUAUACAAAAUGAGCAAUUAGGCAAACACCAUUAUUUCACAUUCUUCAAAAAUACAAAUUCAUAUUUACUCUUUUUUGGGUUGGGAGGUUUCUUCCUUUGGAAGUACUGAACCUGUAACGUUUUCAUAUCGCUCAGUGGAAGUCCGUUGUUCCCAUGUUUCACACUUCAAUAAAUUUGAUAGGCUUUCACAUCCAAAUAAAACCAUUUGAGAUUUAAAAAACUGUCACCAAGACCUCCGGCCAAUGACUACUAGUGUGUGUCAAAAAAGAAGGCUCUCUGUGGGUCUUGCCUUUCCUGGCCAGAAGAUGUGAGCCAGAGAUUCAGCAAAAACCUGUUUCCAGCCACCUUCCCCAAAAGGGACUAGGAGGAGUUGACAGGGAAAGGUAACAGCCACCUUGAACUCUGUCCUCCCCACCCCCACAUUCUCCGAAACACAACAAAGGAUGUAGACUGUUGAAUCAAAGGCGCCCUGGGGAGGCCUAAGGACUUGGGAGAAGGGCAAGAGAGGCCUCUGACUUGGCACCACUUCGAGGAUAACAAGGAUAUUGCAAAAAACACCCCUGGGUUUUGGUGAAAAAAGUUUUUAUGAAAAAUUUUCCCAUAAGAAAAAGAGUAGAAACUGCAUUGAGUUGAGAAAGUGACACUACAUUAUCACCCAAUUUUUGGCCCAGCAGGCACACCACCAAAAGGGCAGUGUGUGGUUUUAAACUUUGCUUCCAGUAAAAAAAGCUUGUACUAUGUACACAUUGACAUAAGAUCCAGUUUAAUUUGCAUUUUUCAGUGCAGACUGAGAAGCCCUCUGGAACAGGAGUAACAGUGAGAAAUGCCCAAAGAGUGAUCAUCAGCUUCCCCAAAGGGCGUGAGAGGAAACACGGGACCCUCUCCCUGUCCCCCAAAAGUAUGCAAGAGGAAAUAGGCUAAACUGACUACCAACCAGAAAUAUGCAAAAUUCCAUUCUGUCGCCUCCCCUCACCCCCAAUAUUAGGGAAUGGACAAUUUCCCAUCUAUGUCACAGCAGGACUAUUUGCAUAUUGAUCUGUGGAAAUCCUUCUGCUUUGGCUGAAGUGUUAUUUCAAAACUUCUCUAUUCUACAGUAGCCUGAGAAUUGAAGAUAAAAUGGGGGGGGAACUCCCCCCUCCGAGACAAAAGGGGAAUAUGGGGGAAGGAAGAAAGUCUAUAAAGCAGAUUAUUAACAGCUUUGUUUACUGGAUUUAAUGAAGGCUGGAGACCUUUUUUCUUAAAGAGCCAGCACGGGCGGUGAGGGGAGCAGUAGGGAAAUGGCUCAUGUUGCCCGCUCCCCCACUACCACCACAACCUCCCAAACAUAUUUCUGAUUGGUGGUGGAGGAAAAUGUAAACUCUAGCAAUACUGUUGCAGUUCCACAAAGCAAUGGUUUCAGUGACUCUGGAGAAGUCUUUAAGAUUAAGGACAAUGAACGUGAUUACAAAUAGAAAAGUCCAGAAGGUGCCAGGUUUCUACCUAGGAACAACCUGUUCCUUCCUUUCAGGCAUCACUUUGUAAUGGUGAAGGCGGGGCAAGAUGGCAAGGGACCAAGAAGUGAUGAGAAAGGGCCUCAACAGUCAGCAGAAGAAAACAGGACCCGCAGCAGUUCUUCAGAGAGCCUGAGGGGGCGCCCUCGGGCACACAGGGAAGGCUUGCAUAGAUUGAGCAGUUGCUGAGAAUGCAUAAUAGUGUUUCCCUAUAGACAGCCUUAGAGCACAGGGCUGAUCCAGCGGAAAAACGAGGCCAGGCCAGGGCCACAUGGGACAACGACCGUCAAGCUACACAUAUUGCACCAAGGUAAGUGCUUUUCUUUUCACACCUCAAUUUAACUUUUUAUUCUGAGCAAAAAAUAAAACUUUGUGGAAAGUAUAUAUAUGUAUAUAUAUACACAAAAGAAAUUGCAGCAAUUGGGUUAAAGAUAAAAUAACCUAAAGUGCUUUUUUAUUUUAUUAUUUCUUUAAUAUACCAAUAUGAGGUUCUGCAAACUCAUCCCUCUGGACACAUUCAGCAUUAUACAAAGUCUCUCAGGAAAACCCACCCACCCUCCAUGAUCCCCAUCAGUCCACUGCCUUGACCCUGAAGGUAAAACUCCAAUCUACUGACUUUCCCAGAGCUGGUGGAGAGAAGUCCCUGGCUUCGACCCAGAGAGGUCUUCACACCUUAAGGCCCCUCCUGGGCUUUGUACCAUGAUCUCCUUCUAAGGGGAAAGGGGUGGAAUUUAAUAAAUGACACCAACUCCUGUCACCAAACUAGUGAUGCCCCCAUGAGGCUGGCCAGACCCCCCCCCCCCCGAACCAGGAGAGGCAGGGCCAUUCUCCCUUGAUGUCCCACCCGCGUGCUGGGGAAGGGCCCACUUUGCUAAGGCAGUCUGGGGGUGCCAGCCAGUUUCCUACCCCUUCCUAAGUCCACGAACUCCAGUCCCUGGUGCUGACGACACCCUGUAAAGGGGCGGUGGAGCUGGAGAUGCUAGUGGGAGCUGGAAGCAUACAUCUACCGGGUAGAAAUUAUUAAGGUUACCAUGGGAAGAAAAAAGGCUUGGCUUCACCUGCCCGAAGUCUGCAGCCCUUCCCUAACCUCACCACAGUUUCAUUCCUGGGUUUGGGGAAGCACACCCUCCAUGAAGGCUCUUUCUGGCUCCACUUUAGCCAGUGGCCUGCUCUUCCCCAAGGUCCCUGGCACCAGAGGCCAGGCUUUGCAGGAGGUGAUGAAGGGAAAGAGCUCUGGAAGAGGAAGGAAAGACUGCCUGCCCUGUAGAAAAAAAACCUCUUUUUUCUACCGAUUUUUCUAAAGCUAAUUGGCUCUGAUAGUCCCCCUUAUAAUUUUGAGUCACCCUCAAAAGGCAGAUACUUCCACUAGAAAAAUCUGUCAUUCUAAAUACUGUUUUAAGAUGCUUCUUCAUCUCCCCCAAUCUUCGGAGAGCAGAAAAGCCACCGACCUACCUAGGCCCAAGAAGAGCGCAGCCCUGGCUAACUAGAAAGAAGAGACCAUGAAACCAUGGACACUUCCAAUGGCCUUCCCUGGGCUCCUGUUUCCCACCUCAGCUCCCAGGAAUGGAAUCCCUGGUGGCCCUAGGCUGAUUAUGUGGGGAGGUCAUUCAUGUCCUCUGAUAUGAGCUACCUUUGGGGCCCCAUCACGUUGCUCUGUCAGAAGUUGUAGCAAAAACAGCGAGGUUCCUGCCUCAAAGCUUCCUAUGGGUUCAACACCAAGAGACAGCCAAGGACAACCCACACUCAGCAACUGGUUUUCCAGGAAGACUAAGCCACUGUGGUAAUAGAAGAUUCCUCCCCCCUUAUCAACUUCUGCUGAGGUCAGUGGUCACCAGAACCCACCAGCCUUUGGGGGAGGGGAGUGCAGAAGGUCAAAAAGAAAUGGAUUCUCCGGACUAGACUCCUGGAAUGAGAAACCACCAGCUGCCUGGGGGAAGGUCCUUUUCUCUUCAUGGUAGUACAACAUUUACUACUUCUGCUCGCUUGUCCAACUCUGUCCCUGAAAUUCUGUCAAAGGCAGGGCCUUUGGGCCCCCAGAUAAAUGAUCAGCUCUGGAUACUGUCUUGGCUGGCCCUGAGUAAUAGCUCAGAGAACAGAUGAGUGACACAUGCAGAUCUCUUUACAUUAGGGAAUGGAAAAAGAAGGCAAAAUUAUGGCUGCUGUCUGCCUGACACUGCUGACUCAGGAGAGCAGCCCUGUCUGUGGACCCCUGUUCCUCGCCCAAGGCAAGAAGGGGCUCUUGGAGGCAGAGGCCUAGUCUAGACCCUGGGCCAGGCCUCGUUUCUGAGCUCAGUGAGCUUGGUGAGCACUCAUGACUACGUUAAUAUAGCCAGUUGAGAGAAACUUUCCAUUUUAGUGUGAAUUGUAUUUUAAGUUUUAUUUUAAAGAGGCAAUGACUUGGAGCCAAAGGCAGACAGAUGGAUAUAAUUCUAUACACAAAUCAAAAAAAAUUUUUUUUCCUAUAACACAACUUAAUGAAACAUUCCAAAUGAGAUAACUUAUUGCAACAUUUCAGGCUUUUUGGUGGAAGGGGGAUUUUUGUUUUGUUUUGUUUUACCCUGAGUAGAAGAUCGUUUUGUGGUUUUUAUUUUUUUGUUUUAGUUUGUUUGUUUAGAAAUCACAUGACUAAGCUGAGCAAGUCACAUCCUUCUUUGCACUGUACUAGGACUAUAUGCAAAAUCCAGAGGGGUGAGAGGCGGAGAUGGGCGGGGCCACCAAAAGCCUGGCUAGAACCUGGAACCAGGACACCUGGCCUGCCAAUUACAUGCCGCCUUAAAAAGAAAACAAAACAAAACAAAAAAAAACAAAAAAAC